AUGGAAUCACUGAGUUCCAAAAAACGAGUCCGUAACUCGGACGAGUCAGGACUUGACUCACUAGAAGCCAAAAGAAUACUCCUCGACAUCCUGGACGACUCGGCCGUGUCCACUCCGAGUCACGACCUUGACUCGUUUAUGAAAACAUUCCAAGACGAAAUUUCUCCGGCGCCGACGACGGAGGUGGCCGGAAUAAAUUCCGGUGACCGGCCGGAGCUGGGGUUUCUCUUUGAAGCGUCGGAUGAUGAACUGGGUCUACCUCCGACGGAAACGAAUACACGAGUUUUGGCUGAGUCGGUUGAACUCAGUGAGUUGUGGGGGUUAGAUGAACAGUUUUUGAGUUAUGACUCGUUCGAGUCAGAGUUUGUUUAUGACGGAGAUAAUAUUAACAACGGUGAAUAUGUGACGUUAGAUGGACUUUUUGAUCAUACGGAUGUAGGGUUUGGAUCGUCGGAUCUGACGUGGCGGCCGGAAACCUUACCGGCACAGUAA